AAAUAAUAUAAACAGUUAUCAAAUGGCAUCAAAAUACUUAUAAAAAUAUCCAGUCCCAGAAGGGUUUCAUUAAAUUUUACAUGAUUUUGCAAGAGAGGUAUUAUAUAAAUAAUAGUAAAGGUGUUAAGAGAUUAGCCAGACGAUAUAAUAAAGUAUGGAGCAGAAUAUUUUGAAUGUAUGGCUUAAGGAAAGGAAUUUAAAUUUGAUAGCAAAUACAAUAUAGCAAAAGGUGAGGCACCAGGUAGAGUACAUAAACCACCAAAACCAUCAAAUAUGACAGAGAAGGCAAAAAUAGUAGUAGAGAAAUCAAAUAACAGAUCUGAUAGUCAAUAAAUGAAAAGAGUGGGAUCUGGUAAUCCAAAUAAUGUUUCACAUGUAAGUUCUUAAGGAAGUCAUCCAGAAGAAAAGAAAGCUGCAAAAGAAUAUGUGAAUGAUUUAUAUGAUAAGAUAACUAAAGACAUAGAUGAUUUUGAGAAUCCUAUUAUAGAGUAAAAUGAUUAAGGUGAAGAAUUACCAAAAUUAACUAGUUUUGUAAUAAAUUAUAAUUAUAUUUUUAGGAUGAUAAGGAUAUGUAAAAUAUCAUUAAAAUAUAAGCAGCAGCUAAAGGGAAGAUUGUUAGAAAUUAAGUUAAUAAGAAUUAAAAGAAAUCUAAAGAAGAUAAUAAAUAAUAAAUGUUAGAAUAAUAAUAAACUGAAGAAUAAUUAGUAUUCUAAUCUGAUCCAACAUAAUAAGAAUUUGGUUAAGAAGAAGAAUGA